GUCUGUAUAUUAUUGUUUUGAAGUAAAAUUAUUUAAAAUAUCCAAGGAAGUUUCCUCGAUGCUGCAGAACCUGCAACAACACGUAUACGUGUUUGUGCCCUCCAUGUCUUAUGAUCUCUGGACUUUUUCUGUCCUUUCAAAUUAUUCUUGAAAAGUGACCCUUUUUUUUUGCAUCCUGUUUGAACAAUUCAAUACGGUUUGUCUGGUUGUUUAUUGUUGAACCAAAGACCGAAAGAGGACUUUUGGGUUUAUUUGCUCUCUUUUUGCUGAUCUUUGGUGGCCUUUGAGGAUUCUUGAUCUGGGUUUUUCUUAUUGAGGCCAUUCCUCCGCAAAGUUUCAAUCUUUUCAAUGAGGGUUUGAUGAGCAGACAAUUUGGAGCGUUAGAGGCUUAUAGGUGCGGAUAACUUGUUUGUUGCAUAUUUUGCGAAGAAUUCUGUUAGGUUCCUGGUUCCGACUUCUAUUGAGGCAGUCUUAAGUGAUUUUGAUUCGGUUCAGUGUCGCCUUCUUCAGCUCUGAUAUUGGAGCAAUUAAGGAGCUUUUAUGUCUAUUCUUGUGAUUUGACCAUUGAAGAAGGAUUUUGAUGUUGAUCUCAUAUUCAUAUGUUAGCAAAGUUGACUUAGCAAGUUUUUGGGCUGGAUUGACUUGAGUUAUAUGCGUGCUACAUUUUGGAUUUGAUAUUCAUAGAUAGCUAAAACGUUAUGCAUCCAGAUAGGGACGAGACUGUUGGGAACGGGGAGGCAGGGGAGAUCGACGAAGACCUCAAGGAGGAUACACCUCUCGGGGGUACCCCUCUCUACCGCCCCCGUUUAUCAGGUAUGGUGAGACAGAAAGCCUAUAUAUUUGAUGGCAAGGGAAAGUAUUACAACAAAGAUUGGGAUUUUGCAGAACCUAAAGAAAAUGAGUUCUGUUGGUACCACGUAGAGCUUCCAAAAAUUAAUCAGAAGCUAUCGCUCUUUGCACAAAGCCUCAUUGACAUUCUUUGCCCUCCUUUGAAACUCCAAGAUAUUCUGUCACUAGUUAGCAAUGGACCCUUCUGUAGUCAUGUUGAUGGAGCACUUGUGUUCAGAGUUAAUUCUCCUGGUCCUCCAACUAGCAAUUAUACAUUUAGAUUAGCUGCUAGAGUUACUGAGAAUUCGGUGAUUACCGUGUCACUAGGACGGGUUCCAAGAUUGGGUUUCUCGCCAACAAGUGAAUCCCUUCUCUCUCAGAUCCCUAGUGUGGAGACCCUUUCAAGUGGUGGGACUCCCUCACAUCAUGGAGGGGAUCAAAAUGAAGGAAACGGGAUUGUGAUUAGAGAGCAUGUUCUUGAGUUUUUAUUAACAAUGAACCACUCAGAGGAGGCUGAUAAUCCCGUGCCGGAAUCUGUCUCAAAUCUUGUUGUUCACAUUAUCGACACCCAUCUUGACCACCUUCAAGAUAUUACCACCAAAUUUGAGAUGGAACUAGACUCUGUGGAGCUCGAAUUAGACAAAGGAGGUUUUGCACUGAAGAAACAGAUGCUUGAUGAUAGAAGAUUUCCCAAAAUGCAUCUUAAUCUUCAACGUAUAUUGCAGGUGAUUGCUCAUGGGGAGCAAGUAUUUCCACGAGUAAAAGAAAAAUGUUCUUCAAAAAAAUGGUUUUCCAGUGAAGACAUAAACUCCCUAGAAGAGUUAAUUGGAAGGCUAAGGAGGCUAAAAGAGAAUGUGGGGUUUAUAUCAAAUCGUGUCACGGCAAUUCAGGCUGGUCUGGAUAGCUGGCAGGCUGAGCAAAUAAACAAGAAAUUGUACUAUCUCUCGUUCCUUUCAAUAAUAUUCCUCCCAUUGUCAAUCAUUACUGGAGUCUUUGGCAUGAAUGUGGGAGGAGUUCCAUGGACAGAGCAAAAGAACCCAGAGGUGAAAGCUGGUUUCCGCAAUGUGAUGUUUGUCUGUGUGGGAGUGCUAGUUCUCGUGCUUCUAUGCUUCCUUUUCCCAGCUCUUUACAGCCGUAUAGCUGCCUGGCGACGAAUGAUUGCUUUGAAAAGAAGCUGGUCUCUCAACAGGAGAUCUUUUCUCAAGAGAACUCUUCCAGUUAAAGAGAGAGGCAGUUAUGUUCGCCUUUGAGAGAGCAAGCCAAAGGAAGAGGGUGAUGAUAGAAUUGCGGUACACGUUCUCUUCAGUACCAACUUGUUUCCUGUUGCGGAAUUUAUGUUCACACCUGAAGAUACAUGUCCCCAAGGAAAACUUCUUGCGCGCGGGGCUUGGAUCUGUUUGUUUCCUUGAUUCUUGAAUUACUCUUGCCUUUCUUUACGAUGAUCAGGAGCUUGGACGAAAAUGAGGGCAGUUAAGUUUAGCUAUUUCCUCUAUUAACUGAGAUGUCUGCAUGUGUUCAUUCCAUGAUAAUCGGAAAUGCACUCUGCAGAUUAACAAUUGUCAAUGAUAUCGUUGACCCUGGCUCAGAAAUGGGAAUAUGGUAGAAGCACACGAUUUUUUUUUUCUUUUCAAUCUGGAUAAUAGACAAGAGUUCUUCGGCGAGCCUUUUCUGUUUCUUAUACGACCAUGUUGUUAAUGGCAGUAUCUUUUGUAAUCUUUGUAACACACUGCACAGGUAUAACAUUCAUCGUUAUAAAUUUGUUUAUGUUGAGAGUUUGUACUA